AUGCUAUAUUCUAGCAGAACUAUCCUUUUGGUUUUGGCCUGGGGUUCAGAGGGCUGUGGUAGACCUGGUUUUGGCAUCAUUGGUCUUGAAAGUAAUUCUUGUGUUGAAUCUCGAUUAAUUUUUCUAUAUACAGAAAAUGUGGAUUUAAGGAAGGACAUAUUUGGUGUCCUCUUGGACUAUUUACAGAGUCCAGAUUCCCAUGCCACAGUCUUGAAGAAAACAUUUCAGGCCACUGUGAGGUGGAUUGCUGUUUGUUCACCUUUCCCUGAUCUGCUGCAGUUUAUCAGCCAUGACCUCUUUCCUGUAUUGGAGAAACGGAUGUGGGAUUUGCUAUGGGAUGUGAGAGACUCCACAUUAGAGUUCAUCACCCAGCUGACCGCUGCUCUCAAUGGUAACAGUGGUUUCACUGAAGCACUCCACACCAGUGGUAUGGUCUCUGUUCUCCUGUCUUCAUUAGCAGACACAGAAGGCUAUGUCAGAGCUAGUGCUGUGGCUGCGGUUGGGGAGGCAGUUACUGCUUCUUUCCAUCAGGCGGCACUUGAGAGAAAUAGCAACCUUCUGGAGAAGGCUUUGACACAGAUGAUGAACGUUCUCUCUCAGGACACAGAGGGCUUCCCUCGUAGAGCAGUGGUCAAAGCUUUCACAUCAUGGCUGAAAGGAUCACACCUCGUAACAGCCUUGGACUCAUCCCUGAGCUCUGUCCUUUCACUGGGAGGCAACGAUUUUGACUGGGAAGUGAAAAUGCACACGCUGGAGCUAGCAGAAGUGUUGAUGGAGAAGACACUGACCUGCUGUCCAUACAUGCAGAAUGUUGAUUUCGCCGAAAAGACACGUUUGACGCAAGCCUUGAGCAGACUGAAAGAUUUUGGGCUGUUUGACUUGCUGUUUAACAGCUUGUUUGACUGCGACAGACCAGUGUGUGAGAAAGCCUGUGCACUCUUAGUCAGACUCAGAACACUUACAGCUGAGACUGCAGAUUUGGAUCACAGCACUCUUGUCUUGAAUGUAUGUGGGAACAGAUGGGGGGAUGAGGUGCAGAGAAGAUACCUCAACAAACAACAGGCCAAAGCAUCUGUGUGUGCCACAGAUGGAGCUACAGGAUCUGAUGAGAGAACGGACAGUCAGCUGCACUGCAUCAAGGACAUUAGCCUACCCACGAUACUGCAGAUUCUAGAUCUAAAUGACAUGCAGAGGAUGUUGAUGUUGAGUAGUGAUCAUGUUGUUAAUUCGCCCCAAUCGCUAAUGGAGGACAUUCUUUCAGCAGCCCAGCAGAGAGAGGAGAAUAUAGUGGAUUGCUAUUGAGAAUAUACUGUGCAACAGUUU